CAAUAAAAAAACAGAUGGUUUAUUUGAUUUUUUAUUCGCUAUUAAAGAUAUUUGCACUUUGUAUACUAUCUGUCUUCUUCUCACAUUAAAACCUCGAUAUAUUUAUCUCUCUUUAAAUGCAGAAAGUGCAAAUGAAACGAGUAACCUAUUCGUGUCUCUGCCCGCGCUUUCCUCAUGUUUUUGCGUCAUUUGAAUCGGUUCGCACGUGUCAAUAAUUUGAUAAAUUCUCUUAUAUUUUGUAAAUAAAAACUUGUCACUUGUUGUCAGUAUGCUGCUUAUUUAUGCUGUGUCCAUUCGCAAUCAUCAUACACAUUUUUCUCAUUACAGAACAUGUUGUCCAUCACUUUAGUAAAUAUCGAUAGUUAUCAAGCGUCUCCGAUACCCGAAUUGGAUGUAACAUUCUCAGAAUUUCGUGGCUCCGAGGUAAAAAAGGUGCCGGUAAUCAGAGCAUUCGGGUCAACUGCCAUGGGCAAGAAAACAUGCUUGCAUAUUCAUGGUGUUUUUCCAUAUAUGUAUGUCCCAUGCACAGUCCAAGAGAAUAUAGACAGCUAUAUUUAUCAGCUAGCUACGUCGAUCGAUUCUGCUUUGAAUACAUCCUUUGGUUCCGCUUUAUCUAACAAUCAACAUGUGUACAAGAUCCAACGGGUAUCAGGAAUACCUUUUUAUGGUUAUCAUGAGAAAGAACAUGUAUUCUUUAAGAUAUAUUUUUAUAAUCCAGCUAUAAUUAAAAGAACAGCAGAUUUGCUACAGAAUGGUGCUAUCCUUAAUCAAACUUUACAGCCAUAUGAAGCACACAUUCCAUAUAUUCUGCAGUUUAUGAUAGAUUACAAUCUUUAUGGAAUGAAUUUAAUAAAUUUAAACAGUGUAAAGUACAGAGGCUCGUUACAAGAAUGUGCAACGGAAAACAGUCAAAGCAGAUCUUCAAUAGAUUUAUUAGACUCACAAACAUAUCUUCCAAUAUCUGUAACAAGGCAAAGCAUGUGCGAAUUGGAAGUAGACGCGCACGCUUCAGAAAUUCUGAACAGACAAGGUAUCAGUGAAAAAUUAGAAUUGAAUCCUGGUCUCGCCGCAAUUUGGGAUGAAGAGAAAACAAGAAGAACUGAAGCUGGUCUGGAAGAUGCAAAGUCGCAAUUAUUGUAUCCUAAAAGUCCCAGCAAAAUUGUUCUAUCUCCAACGAGCAAUGAUCUUUAUCAAGAGGGUCAAUUAUUAAAACGAUUGAAUGCUAUAUCACAAGUAUUUCAUCAUUCUAUUAAUCUGUUGGACCCGAAUGAUAUACAAUUGAUAGAAAUGUUAGCCGAUUUAGCGGAAGAAAAUGAAGUUGUGAGUAAUGUUGAUAACGAUAGCGUUCUCGGAUCUCAAUAUUCUACAUUAAGCGAACCGGUUAAAAAUGAUCCAGAAGAAGAAGAGAUUGAAGAUUUAAAUAUUACAAAUUUAGAUUUAGACAGUCUAAGUUCCUGGGAGUCAAUAUAUAAUCAGAGAUCCGGUCAAUGUGAUGAUACAGCAAAAGUUGUAGACAAUAAGCAGAACACUGAAUCUAUAGAUGACGCAAAUAUAACUGAAGAAGAUGGAGAUGUCACACUCGUGAAUUUUCCACAAGUUGAUGGAGUUGUUGAUUUAUGUGAAAAUAUAUUAGAAUACGAGAAAGAAUCUAUAAAUUAUUUUAAUAAUAAGGAUGAUACAACAUGUUCUACAACAAUUCAGUGCCUUCCUAAAUAUGAUAGACAUCACCCUUCGGCGAAGUUUAUGAUAUCAAAUAUUGAUGGGGCUACAGUUAGCGAUUCAGAUUCUAGCGAUUUUGAAGCUGACGUGACAGUUGAUAGACAAGAAGAACGUAUAUGUGUUUAUAAAUCUGGUAAAAAGAAAGUAUUCAAAAGCACAGUUCAGAUAACACCAAAGAAGAGGAAAAUCGAUUCCGAGAAUGACGAUCGCGAGUCACCUAAUAAACGAAGAAACGUGAUCAAAACGCCAAAAAGAAAAUAUAAUUCUCCAAGCAAAACCCUUCGAAGUCCGCAGUUGUCGGGGAAUUAUUCACCUCUUAAUAUUACUAUUAUAUCUCCAAAAUCUAGCAAAAGUCCUAUUCAAAGUGAAUCACCAAAGAGAAAUCAGUAUAUGCCGACAUCUGAUAUUCCUUCUACUUCUGCUACACCAAGACACAAGAUGCGUCCAUUACGUGUGAGCUUACUUCGUGAAAAACUUUUAAAUUCGGAUCUAGAAAAUAAUGACGACACUGAUAAUGAAAUAGAUACUAUUAUUAUAUGUAUUUAUAGCCAUAACGUAAAAGAUAAAACAACAAUGAUUGUUAAAUCAAUACAAGAUCGUGAACAGGUAUCAGAAAAUAGUGAAAAUUCGUUGAUUAAAAAGAACAAAGAAGUUCGUAAAAGAUUGUCUUUCUUGGACGAUGAAGAAGAUAUUUUUACGAAGUCAGAUCAUAACAUGAGCCAAUCUGAUACUUUAAUCGCACUUGGACAUUCAAAUGAUCAAACACACGUAGAUGCAACUAUAUUUACCUCUUGUAAUGAAAAUAGUAACGAUAGCGUUCCAAACAGUCAAUAUACAGAAAAAAAUAAUGAUGACGCAUCUCCUGAAAGAAACUAUGCGUUAGGCGCACGAAGCUUAGUAAAAAAAUCCGUGAAUCCUGUGAAUGACAUUAUUCCCGAAACCGAUGAGGAUGAAGAAGAUAUAUGUAACACAACUUUUACCCAACACCUCAAUCAAAAAAUAGAGAGUGAUAGUCAAAGUUCGUCCUUGGAGCGGAGUACUCGUCGCUCGUCAAAAAAUGCAUUAAUUACAAUUACUACAAAGUAUAAGCCUCCUAGUCCUAAAAGAAUUGUAGAAAGUAUGACAAUGUACGGUAUUCCGAAAUAUAGAUGGCAAACACCGUUUUUCAGUAAUAAGCUUGAUCUUGUGAAACAAAAAGAAUCCUUAAAUAUGAAUGCUUCGUCAUUCGACGUUCCUGCAUUUAAAUCUAGUCUAGAAGAGGUCACGAGCAUCAAAUUAUGGCGAAGAAUGAAGGUCAAUGAAUUUUAUCCUUCUGGAGCGAAUAUAAAGUCUUACCAUAUCAAACGGACACUUGCAGGAUAUAAAUCGUUAACGAUUAAACCACUUGUGGAACCACCAUCUCCUAAAGAUAUUAGAGAUUGGAUAAGAGCGAAAAAAUAUCUAUCGGAAAAAAAUCAAAAUAUUAAAUCAUGCAAACAGAAUAUGGAAGAAAUAUCAAAUGUACAGAAUGUUCAAUGUUCAUCAAUUAAUAUCACUAAUGAAGAGAUUGAACCUCGGCCAGGAACAUCUGAUAAUUUGAUAAAUAAUUUAAACAUGGGAAGUCAAACUACAUGUUUAGUAAUACCUCAUCAAAAUAGCGGAACAUCCGACAAAACCGAGAAAUUAGAAUCUACACAUAAUUCUGACAGUUCAGAGAUAUCCGAAAAUAGUUUAGCACCUUCUUUAAAAAAAGCAUUGGAUAAUCCAUUUUUACAUAAACAGGAUAAAACGCAACUGGGUGUCUCAUAUGGUCAAAUUGAAUAUUCAUCUAAGGGAAGCUGCGGUAAUGUUUCAAAUGAGAAUCUUCAAAAAGCCAGAGCAGUAACAGUACAUCAGUACCUAACAUUACUGUCUCUCGAAAUACAUGUUGUUACUCGGGAAGAUCUCCUUCCUGAUCCACAACAUGAUUCUAUCACUGCAUUGUUUUAUGCAAUUUAUAACGACGCCCCGACAGACAGUGCCAGUGGACAGAUAGAUCACGGUGCUAUAAUUGUAAACCCUAAUUCCAUAAGUGCAAGACUUAAUAAAAUCCAUUCUGCUAGUGCAAUGUGUCCAAUUCUGUACGUGGCAUCAGAGCAAGAUGUGUUCAAUAGUCUUAUAAAAUUGAUUGAGCAACACAAUCCAGAUAUUUUACUUGGUUGGGAAGUGGAUGCACUUUCGUGGGGUUACGUUUUUCAACGAGCGUUUUAUCUAGGUUUUAAUAACUUUCCAAUAAGAAUCUCUAAGGUUCCGCACAUGCAAAUAUUUUCCAAAUCCGAUGCUCACGUAGUUGAAAAAGAUGAUUUAGGUGAGGUAAAAGUACCUGGUCGCAAUAUCCUUGACGUCUGGAGAAUUAUGAGACACGAAGCAGCAUUAUUGACGUAUACCUUUGAGAACGUCAUGCAUCACGUUUUACACGAAAGAAUUCCGUGUCCUUCCUUUAAGAUGUUGUCUACUUGGUGGAAACACGAGAGCAUGAUAAUAAAAAGCAGAGUUAUACAUCAUUAUGUCAUCAGAGUCGUAGGCACUCUUAAGCUCCUGAAUCACUUGGAUAUUAUAGGUCGCACAUGUGAACAUGCUCGUAUCUACGGUAUACAAUUUUAUGAAGUUUUCUCGCGGGGCUCACAGUUUCGUGUUGAAUCAAUGAUGCUUAGAUUAGCAAAACCUAUGAAUUACAUUCCGAUCUCGCCAUCCAUGCAUCAAAGAGCCAGAAUGCGAGCACCAGAAUGUCUACCGUUGAUCAUGGAACCUGAAUCUAAAUUUUAUACCGAUCCGUUGAUCGUUCUUGAUUUCCAGAGUUUAUAUCCGAGUAUGAUCAUCGCUUAUAAUUAUUGUUUCUCUACCUGUUUAGGGAGAAUAGAACACAUAGGCCAAUAUGGUCCGUUUGAGUUUGGUGCAGCGACAUUAAGAGUAAGAAAGAACACCGCGUUGAAGUUACAAGACAAAAUGAACUUUUCGCCUUGUGGUGUAGCCUUCGUAAAGAAAGAAGUACGUCAGGGAAUAUUACCGCGUAUGCUAACAGAAAUUUUGAAUACGCGUCUGAUGCUAAAGGAAUCUAUGAAGCUGCAUCCGGCAGAAAGUCGUACGUUGCAACGAGUUCUUCAUUCUCAGCAAUUGGGUCUCAAAUUAAUCGCGAAUGUCACAUAUGGCUAUACAUCCGCCAAUUUUAGCGGUAGAAUGCCAUGUAUCGAGAUAGGUGACAGCGUAGUUAGCAAAGGACGUGAGACGUUGGAGCGUGCGAUUAAACUUGUGGAAAACACGCCAAAAUGGGGCGCACGAGUAGUUUAUGGGGAUACAGAUUCUUUAUUUGUAUUGUUACCCGGAAAAUCUCGUGAAGAGGCGUUUAUCAUCGGCGAGGAAAUCGCGGACGCCGUUACCGCGAUUAAUCCCCCGCCUGUCAAGCUUAAAUUUGAAAAAGUUCUUCAUCCGUCUAUUUUGCAAACGAAAAAGCGAUAUUGUGGAUAUAUGUAUGAAACUCGCAAACAGGAGAAACCUGAAUUUUUAGCAAAAGGAAUUGAGACAGUUCGUAGAGAUGGAUGUCCCGCAGUUUCUAAGAUACUUGAGAGAGCUCUUAAGAUUUUAUUCGAAACGAAAGAUAUUUCCUUGAUAAAGCAGUACGUAAUCAAGCAGUUCGAAAAAAUUUUUCAGCGACGCGUGUCUAUUCAGGAUUUAACGUUCGCGAAAGAAUUCCGUGGGAUGCGCGGGUAUAAGGCCCAUGCUUGCGUGCCGGCGUUGGAACUGACGCGAAGAUUGAUAAAAAAGGAUCCUCGUGCUAUACCGCGCACUAGCGAGCGUGUUCGUUACGUUAUUGUCGCAGGUGCACCGAAUCAGGCACUCAUUCACUGUGUACGCACACCGAUGGAAGUUGUUACUGAUCCGUCGUUGAUUUUGAACUCUGUAUACUAUAUAACGAAAGUUAUUAUACCGCCCCUCAAUCGUUGUUUUAACUUAUUCGGGAUUGACGUUAAUGCGUGGUAUAAAGAGAUUUCUCAUCGUUCUAAUUUUGAAAAUAUUGCGCAUUUGGGAGGAGACAAUCCAAAAUCUACUAUCCGUCAGUUCUUCAGUUCUGUAGCGUGCAUUACUUGCGGCGAACAAACUAGUAAAGAAAUUUGUCCAGAAUGCCUUUCGCAACCAAGUCGGACUGUUCUUAUACUUCUUGAAAAGAUAAAACAAUUGGAGAGAAAUCACCAACAGAUCACUAUUAUCUGCCAUUCUUGUAUCGGACGAAUGGGUGAUAUAGAAUGUAUGUCUUUGGAUUGCCCCGUUUUAUAUCGAUUGGUACAAGCUCGCAAAGAGCUCGCACAUGUUUCUUACAUGAAUAGCAUCAUCUAUGGAGAUAAUUCCAAUGGUAUCAAAGAAUUGAAUGCAGUUGCUGAAUGGUAUUGAUUAUGAUGGAAAUAAAAUCAUUGCCUAAAAUAAUCGAAAUGAAACAUUCCAUUAAAUGAUAAAUAUCUUCUCUAAUAUAGCAUUAUACGCAAAAGUGAAUGUUUCAAUUUCAAUUCUUGAUAAUAGGGAUAAAAUAUAUUCUUAUCGACACAUCACUUUUAUUUCCAUUUCUAAAUAAAGUUGGGUUUUCCUAUCAUAA